AUGAAUUUCAACACUAACAGCCAUCAUGGCAGUCCUGCUUGCAAAGAAAAUAUCCCACCUUCAGCCAAAACGGAUGCAUUUCAGCACCCGAGGACCAAACAACGAACAGUCCUCGGCGCUUUGUCAGAAAAUGAUCAUCGUGGUCGAUCCAUGAGCCAGGGAAGCCAGUUUUCCAGACAGAGUUCAGUUUCAGACAGCUCACAAGUGAACGUGUUUGGUUGUCGGUCCAGUUCCAGCUACGAUGUGUACAUUGAGGAGGCUUGUGAGGUCGUUCUUGCAGCGUCUGGUCAAGAAGUUGUUUCAGACAGUUAUGAGCUCAGUGCUGAAGCUGAUCCUCUGCAGAGUGAACACAUGAAACUCCUGCUGGAACUCACGUCGAGUUCAUGCCAGGACGUGUCUUUGCUGUCAGACUCUAAUGAAUCCUUCAUGUCAAAGCAGAAGUUAUUUACUGAUUAUGCUGAAGAUAUUCACCAGAACAUGAGGAAGAGUGAAAAAAAGUUCAGGGCAAAGCCUGAUUACCUGGAGAGACACCCAGAGAUCACCAGCGGCAUGCGGGUCAUUCUGGUGGACUGGCUGGUUGAAGUCGUUCAGGAAUAUAAGCUCAGUUCUGAAACUCUGCACCUCGCCGUCAACUACCUGGACCGUUUUCUGUCCUGCACGGCUUUUGUCAAACAGGGCAAGCUGCAGCUGGUUGGGACCGCAGCGUUACUGAUUGCUGCAAAGUAUGAGGAUCUCUUUCCACCUGAGCUGAAUGAGUUUGUGUACAUCACAGACUUCACGUACACUAAGAAACAACUGGUUCGGAUGGAGAACGUGUUCAUCAGGAUGCUGGCCUUCAGAAUGUCAGCGCCCACCACAAACCAGUUCCUGCACCUCUUCAUGUCCGUGCACUCCAUCUGUCCAAACACAGAGAGCCUUGCUCUGUACAUAUCAGAUUUAAGCCUGCUGGAAAUCGAUCCAUUCCUGCAGUUCACCCCAUCUAUACUGGCAGCUGGAGCUUACUGCUUGGCCUCCUACACCAUAAGCAAAUCUCUCUGGCCUGAUUCCCUGAUUUCCUUCACUGGCUAUACCUUGGCUGAAAUCAUGCCCUGCCUGAUUCAUCUCCACAAGCUACACCUCAGUGCAGAGAGCCGACCUCAGCAGGCCAUCAGGGACAAGUACAAAAGUUCAAAGUAUUGUUGUGUUUCACGGAUCACUCCGCCUGCUGUUUUACCUCACCCAUGA